UUUUUCUUUUGAGACAGAGUCUCACUAUGUCGCCCUCAGUAGAGUGCUGUGGCAUCAUAGCUUACAGCAACCUCAAACUCUUGGGCUCAAGCCAUUCUCUUGCCUCAGCCUCCUGAGUGGCCGGGACUACGCCUAGCUAUUUCUUGGUCGCAGUUGUCAUUGUUUAACAGGCCCAGGCCAGGCUUGAACCUGCCACCUUCAGUGUAUGUGGCUGGCACCCUACUCACUGAGCUAUGAGCACCAAACCGAGUGGAGAAAGGUUUUAAAAGCAGAGUUUGUGUUUGUAGCCAACUUUAUUGGAAUUUUUCUGAGUUAAAGAGCAACACAUGGCUGGGUGUGGUGAUGGGUACUUGUAGUCUCAGCUACUCAGGAAGCUGAGGCAGGAGGAUUACAUGAGCCCAAGAGUUCUAGGCUGCAGCAAUUUAUGACUGCACCACUGCACUCCAGCCUGGGCAAUAGAGCAAGACCCUGCAUCCAAAAAGAGUAAUAUAAACACAAUGAGUAGUGUCUUAGAAGCUGAACUGCUUGAGAAGACGUUUGGUGUGAAUGUCUGUUUGCCUUGCUUAGUGUACCUGCAUGUGACUGGGAUGUCCUCACAUCAGCUGAGGUCUGGGCUACAAUUCUAACUUGUGAAUUGAGCUGGUGACUAUGGGAAGUCUUGAGACCUGCUUAGAAUGUGGCUUUUUUGCCUGUGAAAAGGUGAUAGGAUAAUUUUCCUAGGAUUUUGCUGAGAAUUAAGUAGCAAUGCAGUUGGGCCCAGGCUGGCUGUUAGGCUGGCAUCCCUGGCACAGGUGCCACCCAGACCAGAAGCACCAUCAGAGAUGCUGCCCCCAGGGGGACUGAGCUGCUGCUCAGGAAAGCCAUGUACCCACCAGAGGUGACCAUGGAACCGGAGCCUUCUCCAGGAAGCCACAAGCGUUUUGACAAAAGUAUAGAGACACUUCUAGCAACCAAGAUCGCUGUCUAUCUGAUGACGUUUCUGAUUGUGACUGCAGCCUGGGCAGCACACACAAGAUUGUUCCAACUUAUUGGGAAUAUAGAUGACACACUUGCCUUACUCAACCUGGUGUGCAUGAUGACCAUCACCCUCUUGCCCUACACGGUGAGCUGCACCCCAGGCAUCCUUAAAGUUUCAUGGCAACACUCAGAUGCAGGUCCUGGGCCCAGAGUUGCAAAGGAAAGAAGGGCACGGCAUGAGACGGGAGGCACCACCAGCCCUGGGACCCUGAUAACCUUUGGGUGGUUUUCUUGGACACAGUUUUCCUUAAUGGUGACCUUCCCCGACGUCCCUCUGGGCAUCUUCCUGUUCUGCACGUGUGUGAUCGCCAUUGGAGCCGUGCAGGUGGGCUGCCCAGGACCCCUGCCCUGCAGUUGGGGUGCUGGGAGUACAGGUGCCCCACAGCCCCUGCUAUGUGACUGCAGGUGGGAGGGUGGGCUCUGGGACCCCCACAGGCAACCCAGGAUCCAUGGGUUCCCUCUCCUUUCCAUCCUCUGCGGGUACCCACCAGAGAGAGCCCUGCACUGCUCCCCACAGGCACUGAUCGUGGUGUAUGCGUUCCACUCUCCACACCUACUGAGCCCACAGAUCCUGCAGUCUGCCCACAGAGCCCUGUGCUGGCGGCACAUCCUGCUGGUCAUCCUGCGUGGCCCCACACUGUGCUUUGCUGCAGCUAUCUUCUCCCUCUUCUUCUUCCCUGUGUCCUACCUGCUGAUGGCGAUGAUCAUCUUCCUCCCUUAUAUCAGCAAGGCUGCUAGCUGGUGCAGAGAGAGGCUCGUGGGCCACGAGGAACCCCCAGCUCCCCCAGUGGAGUUCACUUUCGACCUCUAUGAGUCACUGAGCAAGGAGCGGAUGGAAGCCUUCAGUGACGGGGUCUAUGCCAUCGUUGCCACCCUCCUCAUCCUGGAUAUCUGCGAGGACAAUGUUCCAGAUCCCAAGGACGUGAGGGAGAAGUUCCACGGCAGCCUCGUGGCGGCACUGGGCGUGUAUGGGCCUCGCUUCCUGGCAUACUUCGGCUCCUUUGCCACAGUGGGCCUGCUGUGGUCCACUCACCACUCACUCUUCCUGCACGUCCGCACAGCCACGCGGGCCAUGGGGCUACUGAACACGCUCUCCCUGGCCUUCGUAGGUGGCCUCCCACUGGCCUACCAGCAGACCUCCACCUUCGCCCAGCAGCCCCAUGAUGAACUCGAGCGCGUGCGUCUCAGCUGUGCCAUCAUUUUCUUUGCCAGCAUCUUCCAGUUCGCCAUCUGGGCCACAGCCCUGCUGCACGAGAUAAAGACACUGCAGCCUCUAGUGCGGUUUGGCGGCCGGGAGCACGCAUUGCUGUUUGCCAAGCUGGCCCUGUACCCCUGCGCCAGCCUGCUGACCUUUGUAGCUACCUUCUUCCUGAGCAGGCUCAGCACCGCCAUCUUCCACCUCAUGCAAAUUGCUGUGCCCCCCACCUUCCUGCUGCUGAGCCUGCUGCUGCGUCUGGGCCAGGCUGGCCUGCGGGGCCUGGUGCGGCCAUUGCAACCUUGGCCGGGCACCACAGGUGAGGCGGACCCACAGUCCCAGCUCCUCCCUACCCCAUGAAGGUGGCCAAAGAGCCCGCUCAUCUCUCCACCUGGCACAACAGGAGAGGCAGCCCAGUCUGGCUGAUGGCGGCUACAGAUUGACAGGGCUGGGCUUCCUUUCUGUUGUGAAAUAACCACAUUGUUUCAGUGUU